AUUGCAGAGUGAGAAUACAAUGCAAAAAGCAAAGAAAUGAGUUAUUGCCUAGUUUUACACAUGAUAUGUAAUGAUGAAGAUACAGAAAAACACAGAAAAAGCUGCAUAUUUAGAAUUUUUCCAGAAUUUACCUCGCAGCGGAACGUUACAGUGUAUGCUUUCCACCCGGACCGCAGCAGCAGGAACACCAAUGUACAAAAUGUAAACAGUCGCGGUAAACUCUAACUGGAACAACUUUAUCAGACGUCGUAGUUGAUUAAAAGUGUUUCGUAUUGUAGAAUGAGCCAUGGCGGACAUUUUAAGCCUCGUGUUUAGGACUUUUACGUCUCCAGUGGGUCUGAAGAAGCAGCUGCCGGUCCGUCCUCCGCCUCCAGCCGCCGGCAGCAGCCUCCUGCUCGGAGACCCGGAGCUGAGCCGCUCCGUGCUGCUGCUGGCGGCCGUGACGGCGGCCUCAGAGCUGGGCAUGAGAGUGGUGUUCUUCACCCAGACUCAGAUCCAGAGCCUCCCGGUGUCCCUGCAGAGAUGUGUUCCUAAUCUGAGCCCUGAGAGCCUGAAGAAAAUCAAGUUCUCCUACCCCCGGACGCUGGAGGAGCUCCUCCUGCAGGUGGCCGGCCUUCAUGAGUCCACCAGCACGUCUCCCACACCUCCCUCCCUCAUCAUCGUGGACAGACUGGAGGGCUUCCUGUGCGGCGCUGGAGGCAGCAGCCACGGUGGAUCUCACCCAGCACAGCUGUCCUGCGCUGCACAUCUGUCUGCGCUGCUGUGCGACACCGCUGCCUUUCUUACACAAAUCCUGGAGCAGCGAGGGUCAAACUCGGGCCCCUGUCGCUUCAUCGUCUCCUUUCUGUCAGAAGUGGACUCUGGGCAGGGCAGUAAGGAUCCCUCUGGCACAGAUCCCCUUCUGGACGUCCUCGAUCGCUACUUCCAGGUUCGCUGCACUCUGGACCCAGACAGAGGCUACGGAGCUGCAGCAGCUGGAGUACAGGAGGUGUGGCACAUUUACUUAUCUGGGAGAGGAAUCACUGAGGCCUCUUUCACCAAAGACCGUGAGGAGAAGCCGGCUGUAGCACAGGAGUGGCAGCUCUUCACUCAUCCAGAUGGUUUAAUGGAGUUUAACCUGGUUUAACUUCAUCAAAGACUUCAACAGAAGGUGAUGAAGGAAAGAAGCAUAACUAAUCUGUUGUGAAAAUGUUUGAUAAAGUCGAACUUUUACCAAAUCUUGUUGCUUUUUCACUGAUACAGAAGACUAUAAUCUGCCUCUCACGCCAGUUAACAGCAGUUGUAACAUUUAAAGAGUUUUGAAUGACUUUAAUGUUUGUGAAAUACAUGAAUAGACUGAAAAAUAAUUACACUGACAUCAAUAAAUCUGGUCGUCUUUAACUGAA